CCUGCGCGGGGCCGCGGCCGUGGCAGCUCCGCGAUGCCGCCUCCGGAGCCCAUGCCCGGCUACGGGGAGCUGCUCCGCCGGGCUUUCGGCAGCUUGGUGGGGGCAGCUCGGGGCUGUGAGGAUUGCGGUUGGGAGCUGGCUCGCCGUACCUGGGCGGAGAACGCGCACCUGGGCUGGGCGGAGGUGCUGCUGUGCGGGAUCUGCGCGCUGGGCUGGACCGCGCUGCGCCGCGCCUGCUCCCGCCGCCUCUUUCGGCCCCUGGGGGAGUGGUGCCGCCUGCAGCCCCGAGAUGCUGCCAAGAUGCCCGAGAGCGCCUGGAAAUUCCUUUUCUACUCCUUGUCCUGGUCCUACGGCGCCUUCCUGCUCUUCUGCACCGAGCACCGCUUCUUCCACGAGCCGGCUGCGGCUUUCCGCGGCUGGCAGCGGGGCAUGGCGGUGCCGCGGGACAUCGCCCUGGCCUACCUGCUGCAGGGCAGCUUCUACGGGCACUCGCUCUACGCCACGGCCUACAUGGACACGUGGCGCAAGGACUCGCUGGUGAUGCUGCUGCACCACGUGGUGGCCCUGGUGCUGAUCGCCGCCUCCUACGCCUUCAGGUACCACAACGUGGGGAUCCUGGUGCUGUUCCUGCACGACAUCAAUGACGUGCAGCUCGAGUUCACCAAGCUCAACGUUUACUUCAAGCACCGCGGCGGCGCCUUCCACCGGCUCAACGACGCGCUGGCCAACGCGGGCUGCGUGGCCUUCAGCCUCAGCUGGUUCUGGUUCCGCCUGUACUGGUUUCCCCUCAAGGUUCUGUACACCACGUGUCACUGCAGCCUGCAGGCCGUGCCCAACAUCCCCUUCUACUUCUUCUUCAACGCCCUGCUGCUCCUGCUCACCCUCAUGAACAUCUACUGGUUCCUGUACAUCGUGCUGUUCGUGGCCAAGGUGCUGCUGGGGCAGGUGCAGGAGGUGAACGACGUGCGCGAGUACGACGUGGCCGAGAGCAGGAGCGCGGGGAUCCGGGCCCUCAAGGAGGGGCUGCACCUCAAGAACGGCCUCGUGAAGGACAAGAGGUUGUGAGAGCUGCCAGGACCUGGCCCUGCCCAGGACCCUGCAGAGGACACUGCAAAGGACAGGCCCAAGGAGAAUUCCACCCCUGACCCCU